CUGUGAGGGCGGCUCUCCGGCACCAUGCCGUCCCCGUCCCCGUUCUCCGUGAGCUCGUUCCCAGUCAGCAUUCCCGCCGUGAUCAUGCAGACGGACUGGACCGAGCCGUGGCUGGUGGGGCUCGCCGUCUUCCACCUGCUCUGCCUGCUCCUCACCUGUGUCUCCGCCCAGAGCUACCGACUGCAGGUUGGGCAUUUCCUGUGCCUCGUGCUCUUGGUCUGUUGCGCAGAGUACAUCAACGAAGUGGCCGCGAUGAACUGGAGGUUAUUUGCGAAAUACCAGUAUUUUGACUCCAGGGGGAUGUUCAUCUCCAUCGUGUUCUCAGCGCCGCUGCUGCUCAACGCCAUGGUCAUUGUGGUCCUGUGGGUGCGCCGGACGCUGGACGCGAUGGCCGACCUGAAGCGCGCACAGGAGAGCAGGAGAGAGAGGAAGAGGAGGAGAAAGGAGGAGUGAGGAAGGGUGACGCCGUCGCUGCGUCCUGGGUGUGUCGGCUCCGUCCCGUCCCCACCGUCCCGUGUCGAGUGCCGCGGUGCAGGCGUCCCCUGCAGCCGACUCGCGGUCCGAGACGCGGCUCUUCUGUUUCCACCUCGCGGCGCUGGCGCACAUGCUGCAGGCGGCUUUCACGCAGCGCUGAUCUGCGCCUGGCGGGAUCUGCUGGCCCUGGGCCCUGUCAGGCUGCCGGGUCUCUGGUGAGGCCGUGGGAACGGUCUCCCCGCACAGUUGCGUGGCUUGGAGCUUGAUUUGCAGGUGUCCACGUCAUUUAUGGAGUUGGUGUGAAUUAUGAAUGUUCAGUGAAUAUUAAACGUGCAGCUAAUAAACGGCCACGUGCCCACGGCCCCGUGCCCUGCUCGUGUGUGUGGCAGGUUCUCAGCGCAAGGCGGUUGCCUUCCAGGAGACUCGGGGGGCG